UGUUUUUCUUCAACCAAUCAAAUUGUUCGAUCACCUUUAUUUCCCGCUCAUGCAUGCAAGCAUGACGUCACUUAGCUUUCGUCACGUGACUAACAACAAGUAAGUGGGCAAUAACUAAACGCUUGACGACAGAAAGUGUGGCUUGCAUAUAGUCGUGGUGAAGUGUGUUGGCAAAAUUACUGCUUUUAACCGAAAGAUGAUCAUUUGUUGCCUACACUGAGUAUUCUUUAGGAUGUCUGCCCAUAGUAGUGGCCUUUUGCCACCGGACGAGUUGGCAGAUUUGCACAUAUUUGUCGUUCCCUUGGAUCUGUGGCUCGAAAAAUACCGAACAGCCUUUAACAAUAUUGCUUUGGAGUCUGUUUCCGCGGGAUUUGUCAGGGUUCAGCCGUAUAUUUCUUUGAAUUAUCUGCGAGAUCACAUCGAGGAACAACUGGGACCAGAAGUUGUUCCAGAAGAUUAUGUGUUUCUUAGAUCCGUUGGAAGAUGUAUGGCUGUGAUAAAAGAAAAUCAAGAACGUCUGCUCAAGGCCAAGGACUUUUUACCCCCUGUGGCUUACAGCCCAGAGAUUUUUAUUCUUCCUGGAACGCAUGAUGCUGUAGCUAGGCCAGUGGAGAAUGCUGCAAAUACCAUUAUACAAACACACGGCCUCACAACAGGUGCGGAAGUUGAAAAUUAA